GUGUGUGGUUGAAAAGUAACCGUUGCCAAUAGCAACUAGUAUUGCUAAUACAAAACAAAAAUAUUGAUCGUAGUAACAAGGAGUGACAUUAGUUAUUUUUUUGUAUUUGAUUGUGAAAAUCGUUGAUUUUUCAAUCAAAUAAUCACUCUCGAAAUGCCAAUUUUCUCGAAAAAAUUCGAUAUCAAAAAUAUUCCGCAACGUGGCAAACGUGAUAACAGUUGUGCACAGAUUCAAGAGAAAUUAGAUGAUUUCCAUACGAUUCAAUUGAAUUUGACGAAUAAAAGGAAAUUGAAAUUUGUGGACGGUACAUGGAUUGUAACACAGCAACAUGGUGACGCUGAUGAUAUAACGGCUAUGCGAAAACGAUUACAAAAACUGGAAGAGGAGAAUAAUUUGAAUCAGAUCAAAGUUGACGUACUUCUCGAUAUGCUAACCGAAAAUUUGGCCGAAUUAAAAAUUCUUCGUAAUAAAUGAGAAUAAAUAAAUCAGUGCAUGCAUUUUUUGGCAUUGAUAUUCAUUGUACUGCAUAGAUAA